AGCAUUGUUUCAGCCAAAGAAUCAUGAUACUACGAGAACAGGAAGUCUCAGACGGAGAGGCAGUUCAACCGACCUGCAAGAAGACCGCUUCCCUGGAGGGAGACCGGGCAAACGUAUAUCUUCUGAUUUUCUUAUACCUGCUACAAGGUGUCGUCUUGGGUCUAGGGGAAUCAGUACCUAUGGUCUUACAGAGUAAAGGAGUCAGUUACAAUGAUCAGGCGAUCUUCAGUAUAACCGCAUGGCCAUACAGCGUGAAACUCCUUUGGGCCCCAAUAGUGGACGCUGUUUACUCUAGUAGAUUCGGCCGCCGGAAAUCUUGGCUGGUCCCUGCGCAGUAUAUCAUCGGCAUCACAAUGCUGUGUCUCUCGUAUCGAGCAAAUGCCUGGAUAGACGAUCCUGCAGGACCUCGUAUAGUACUCCUCACAGUGUUCUUCUUCCUGCUCACGUUCCUGGCAGCCACUCAAGAUGUGGCACUGGACGGUUGGGCCAUCACCAUGCUCAAGAGGGAAAAUAUCGGUUACGCGGCUACUUGCGGUAGUGUAGGGCAGACGAUCGGUAUCUCCGUGGGCUUCUUCGUCUUCAUGUCUCUAGAGUCUGCAGACUUCUGUAACGCCUACCUGCGGUCCGAGCCUCAGCCAUAUGGCAUCAUCACUCUCUCCAGUUUCCUUAACUACUUCGGGUGGAUAUUCCUGACGACAACGACACUCGUAAUGCUUUUCAAGAGCGAAGAGACGCUGUUCACAGACGAAGAGCAUUCUUUGGGAGUUCUGGAUACUUACAAGAAACUAAUAAGGAUCAUUCGCCUCCCAGCCAUCAAAACAUUUUCCAUAUUCCUACUAACAAUGAGUAUCAGUUUCAGUGCAUGUGACGCCAUUUCCUGGCUCAAGCUGGUGAGGUUGGGGCUAGACAGAGAGAAAUUUGCGUUGGCCACUACAGUGAUCAUUCCUGUUAAAGUUUCACUGCUUCUUUUCUUCAGGAAACGCAUGACAGGCGAAAAGUCGAUGGGCGUCUUCAUGAAGAUUUACCCUGUCAGGUUAGCCUUCAACUUGGUUGCGUCUGUCUUUAUAUGGUCCACUCCUCAAAUGUUAAUGGGACUUGAUGUUCCUUUGUACUUCUAUGGACUACUGAUACUUAUAUAUGGAUGCAUUCAGAUGGCGUAUUACUUCAUGGCAGCCACCAGAUUGGCGUUCUAUGCGCGUACGAGUGACCCAGCCCUAGGAGGUACAUACAUGACACUCAUGAACACCUUGUCCAACCUGGGCAUGGCUUGGCCCAACUCACUGGUACUUCUGCUAGUGGAUCCUCUCACGUUCAGCCAAUGCUCCACAGAUGCGGAAAACACCUGCUCAAAUUCCAAAUGGGCCAAGGAAUGUGCAGGGGAAUGUGAGACCUAUGUGGACGGUUACUAUGUGCUAAUUGCUAUAUGUACGGUGUUCGGACUCCUGUGGCUAAGGUGGGCGAUCCCUACUAUCCGAGAACUGCAGAGCAAAGAUCCCCAGGAGUGGAAAGUCAGUUCAGGAAGUCAGAAGAAGUUUGAAAAAUCUCAGUUCUUGAAGUAAAUUAAGUUUUGUAUUGUGAUGUAAAAUGGUCUUGAUAAAUAAUGAAGUAAAUAUGAUUAAACGCUCCACGGGUUCACAUCUCAGAGUGCGAAUGGAUUCCAAAGUUACAGUAAUGUAUGGUCCUGGUUUGAUUUUAAGAAUGGGCGUGACAUCACUUGUCAUUAAUAUUUAACAUCUCGUACUUCUUGAACAGAUAAGUAACGGUAUUAUAAUUGUGUUGAGGUCAACAAUUUAUGUUAUUUAUUUCUGUGUAGAAAUUACUCAAUGUAAUGUUCUUGAACAUUUUCAUACUUACCUUUUUAAUAUUGUAAAAGGUUUAGAUAUAUUGAAAAUGUAUUUGUGUGGCUUUAAGAAUUAGGCUAAUAAUAUUAUCAAGCAUUGUCUUUAAGUAUUAAGUAUUAUUUUAUAAAAUAAUAAAAUAUACUUUUUAUAUCUACAUCUUACAGAUCAUUCAUAUAAUAUAAAUAAGUAUUCAAAAAAAAGGUUCCUUUGUUUUAGGAUUGCCAGUUACAUUAUUAUAAUAUAUUAUUUUUAUAGUUUAAGCGGCGAUACCUCAUUCUUAAUAUUUUGUAUAUUUGAAGAAAUGUCUUCAUAGGCACUUUCAUGUACGUUCAUAAAGAAGUAUAUUCGCAAGAAUUUAUUUUUAAGUAGUUAAAAUGUAUUUCUGUAAAUAAUGAAUUCAGUCUGUUGUCUUCAAUACCUUAUUUCAAAACCAACAAAGCUUCAUAAUGCAUUAUCACAUACUUGAUUUUGUCAGAGUCAGUAAGCCUUAAGUAAUUUAAAUAUUUACAUAUUAAUGUUACCUAUUAUGUUUAAGAUCCAUUUUGCUCUCCAUUUUCACGGCUCCUUCCCACGUUGUUCCUUCUCUUAAUAAUAACAAUACAUUUUUCUUAAAGAAGUA